CUUUAAAGCGGACUCGUCAUAACGUUGCUAGUGUUAGUAGCGCUGUUCGACUCCCCCCUUGAAAUACCAGGCACAGAAAAUAGUUUCUUCGUUUCCUGCUUCGGGGCUGAUAAGCACCUAACAGGGUUGUUUUGUUUUUAUUACUUCCUGGUUUUUAAGUUGUUUUUUAUUUUUAUUUUUUUAGAAUGGCGUCGCUGAAGAAGAAUAGGGUCCUGUCGAAAAAAACGAAUUUGACUUUAAUUCCAAACGCGGAGCUGGAGCGGCAGAGAAAGAAAGACACGCAGUCAAAACUCAGCUCGGUCGAGGCGGAGGUGACGGGCGAAAAAGAAAGACCGAAAGCAGCAAGAAUCAACAAGCAGCUGCUGUCCUCGACGGGGAAAGAUAUGGGAAACGUCCAGUUCCCUCUCGCUUCCUGUGGCCACAGUGUCAACCCCGCAGAAGUCACUAAAUCUGUCAAAAGCCUCCUGGAUCAGAAGAGUCUCGAGUUUCGCUGCCCGGUCUGUGAUAAGGAAUGGUCCUGGAGAGAGACCCGCAAGCUGACUCAGCUUCCAGAACCAGAACUCUGUGCCCUGGAGGAGAGGGUCAGUCUGGUCGCACAGGACUGUCCAGAACUCUACAAGAAGUGCCCAUCCUGCAGCCUCCUCCUGCAGCGUGCUGGCGAUGAUGACGGCUCUGUGCCUCUGUGUGUCGCCUGCCCUGGGUGUUCCCACAGUCUGGGGAAGCCCUGUCUCUUGUGCUGGGCCUGCCUCAGCCCCUGGCAGGGGGGAGAAGAGGACGGAGAGGGGGCUGGCUGCACUAACAAAGCCUGCGGUCUGGUCUCAGCCCUGCUUUGUUGUAGCGUUGUCACGGACCCCACUAGCAAGGUGCUGGGGUGCCCUCAGUUUCGAGCCUGUCCCAUGUGCCAUCAGCUCAUCAUGCACACAGGGGGGUGUAAGUAUGUGAGCUGUCAGGGCUGUAGGCACAAGUUCUGUUUCAUCUGCCUGGAGAGAAGCAAGAACUGCAAGAGAAGCGGUCCUGGUCUUUACUGGGCGUUACAAUGCUCCAAACCCAGAGCAGAGAGACAGAGGCUGGACUGUUAAGGGGGGAGAGAGAGAGAGAGAGAGAGAGAGAGAGAGAGAGAGCGAGAGAGAGCGAGAGAGAGAGAGAGAGACCGCAGUGUUGUAAUCCUCACUGGAUUACAAGAGUGUCGAUCGAAGGCAGUUCUGAUGAGGGGGUGUGAUGCACUGAGGAUGCUUACAGCACUGUGAUCAAUUCUGCACAGAAAGGACAC